CUCUUCUGCCACAAGAGUGCCCUGCUGGACGGCGAGAACAGCGUUUUAGACGGAGACGAGGUGAAGUUUGUCAUGGAGUACGACGAGCGCAAGGGCAAGGAUCGCGCCAUCGAGGUGGAGCGCUACAUCCGCAGCAGCCGCUCCCCGCCCCCGAACCGGCCCCCCCCGCCGAGC